AUGGACGGCGGCAGAUCGGGGGAGGAGGAGGAGGAUAAGGAUAAGGAUAAGGAGGAGGAGGAGGAGGAGGAGGAGGAGGAGCAGCAACUGCAGGAGGAGCAGCAACAGCAGGAGAAGCAGGUGCGGCGUCGACGGCGAUCGGAAAGCGAGGCAGGCAACGCUACCGAGGCCUUCAUGAUCGGGAGUCCCGCCGAUAGGUGGAUGGUGGAGGCCGAGUAUGGAAGAGUGGAGGACGGCGAUGACGGCAGAAUCGAUGGCAUGAGCUCGCCGCCGUCGGUCGGGACGAAGGAUAAAGAGGACCAGGCCGGACCACCCUUGGGCUCGGUGAUGUGGGACAAGGUCGAAGGCGUCCAGGCUAAGACAUGUCGUCGAGGAAUGCGGUUGAGCGGGACGGAUACUGAUGAAAUCGAGCGAGAGGCGGCGAGAGCGAGCGCGUCGCGUACGUGCGGUGAGGUUCUCGAUGGAUGGGGAGAGGAGGCGCGACGAAGCGGUAAAGGAGUUGGGAGUCGAACUGGAAAAUGCCAACGGCGGCCGGUCAAUGGCUAG